GUUGCUCUGUGAGUCUGCAGAGGAAACAGAAAGUUCAGAGGGGCGCAAAAGAAGAAGGAACAGAAUUUAAAAAAGCAGAGGACCUCCCUCUUCUCUUUCUGCAGCUCCUGCAAGAGCCAGCAAUCUAGAAGUACUAUCUAAGCUGCCACACUAGAUCCUGACCUUUUUAACAGAGUAUCUCUUACCAUCAUCAUCAUGGCCGAGAUUACAGCAGAAGGACGUAUGACUACAACCACGACGAUAAUAGAUGGUAAGAACGGAUCCAUUCCCUCAUCAUCCAUGAAAGUGGGCAAGAAAUCAGUUACGGAAGACCUCGUGACAACAUUCAGCUCACCAGCAGCAUGGCUUCUUGUUGUUGCUCUGAUUGUUACCUGGUCAGCAGUAGCUAUUGUAAUGUUUGACUUGGUGGAUUACAAAGCCUUUGCAGCCACCUAUUCACAACAUUGCGAUGAUCCCUGUUUACCACCUGGAAGAUCUGUUAACAAGCUCAGCACAGAACCACUGAGAAUCAUUCAUCAGACAUUGGAAGAAUCCACUGAUUGGCUUUAUGGCUUUAUUUCUUUUCUGUCUGACAUCGUAUGGAGUGAUGAUGAUGACAGUGAUGAAGGUGAAGUGGAACCUUCCCUGAAAAAAGAAAUUCAUAAACCGAAACAAGAGAGACACGAAAAAAGAACAGCACCAAAAGUAAUUCACAGGGACAAACCUGAAAAACAAGAAAAAAUUGAGAGGAAGGAACCCCUAAAGGUGACCCAUAAAGACAAACUGGAAAGACAAGAAAAACCUGAAAAAAAGGAAAGGCAUGCAGCUACUCACAAAGAGAAACCUGAAAAGCCAGAAAAACAUGAAAAGAAAGCACCUUCUAAAGUAAUUCAAAAAGACAAACCUGAAAGACAUGAAAAAGCUGAAAAGAAACCUCCUCCUAAAGAGGAGAAGAAAGUAAAGAGCGCUAAAGUGGAAGCAAAAGUUAAAAAGGAAGUGAAGGAUGGAAAAGGAGAAGCAAAGACGACUGAGAAGGUCAAGCAGGCGGAGACUAAAACAACAGAAGUUGGGCUAAUAAAGGCCAAACCGAAAGUUAAGGAGGAGAAAGGUCUUCAGACUGUAACUAAAUCGGAAAAGAAAGAUCAAUAUGCAUUCUGUCGCUAUGUGAUUGACAUGUUUGCGCAAGGGGAUUUUUAUCCAGGACAUAAGGAAAUGGUACCACCUCGUCUUCUUCUAGAACAUAGUCCAAGAAAGAAACCAGCAGCUAUUGAAGAGAGAAAAGAGGAAAAGAAAAAGACUGAUGUAAAGAGGGCUACGACUGAAACUAAGAAGAAAGAAAAAGAAGAAAAAAAAGAGAAAGCUCAUGAGAAGACAGCUGUCCCUGAAAUUAAAAAAGCAGAUAAAAAAGAAGCUGCUGUGUCCAAAGAACUCAAAAAACCAACAAAAGCUCCUGCAGCCAAACCAGCCAACAAAAAAGCAGCAGCACCAGGACAGGCAGCUGGGAGGGAAACCUGCUCCCUCGCCCCUGUCCCCGUGGAGGCUCAUCUGGGAAAAGCUCCCACAAUGCGCCGAGCAUCACGCCCUGCAGCUAUUGCCAACUCUUCUGGCUCAGUGGUGGGGCACCGGCACAUUACACCUCACCUUGGUGAACAACAGUACCUAAAAUGUCAGCAGGGAAGAAUCUUUGUACCUGCCAUAUGGUAUAACCCGUUGUCAUGCUCCACUCCUCGGUGGACGCGUGAUGGUUCGUUUCAGCUGUGA